UUGAAUGAUUACAGAAAAUUAAAUAAAAUAACAGAAAACGAUCCAUUUCCCUCACUAAUAAUGGAUGAAAUGCUAAAUAACCUCGAAGGAUCAAUAAUUUUUUCCACAAUUGACUUCAACAAAGGCCACUAUAAAAUAGAAAUAGACAAAAAAGACAUUGAAAAAACUGGGUUUACCAUCGUUGAAAGACCCUAUGAGUUUUUAGAUUAUCAAUGGGACUAA